AAAUCAACUCAACUCCACAUAACAAAUUCAUUUUCACCUUUACUUUCUUUUGCCAAAAAAAAAAAAAUGUCUCUCAUGCCUGUAUUUGGUGGUCGGAGAAAUCAUGCACAUCAGGUGCAUGAUCCUUAUUCCGACCACCAGACACACCAGGUGCAUGAUCCUUAUUCCGACCACCAGACACACAAGGUGCAUAAUCCUUAUUCUCGUCCUUCACACCCGGUGUAUGAUCCUUAUUCUCAACACGCACACCAAGUGCAUGAUCCUUUUGCUCAUCAUGAAGUAUGGGAUCCUUUCCAUGAAUUUUAUCUCGAAAAUCCUCGAUCCCUCAUAGCUCCAGCACCAUCGUUCCACCACGUACCUGCAACGAUGGCUCAAAUAGAGUAUAAGGAAACACCAGAGGCACAUAUCUUUAGGUGUAACUUGCAUGGCUACAAGAAAGAAGACGUCAAAGUACAGGUGGAGGAUGAAAAAAUACUGAAAAUUACUGGGGAAACAAGAGUGAUGAAGAAAGAAGAUAAUUGGCACCAUUAUGAAAGAAGCAGUGGAAAAUUCUUAACAUCUUUUUCACUGCCUCUGAAUUGUAGGGCUGAUUAUGUUAAGUCAUCAAUGGAAAAUGGAGUGCUCACUAUAACUGUUCCUAAGAAGGAAAUUAGAAGGAAUCAACACCAUCUAAGAUCUGUUCAAAUUAAUUAAUUAAUUAAAAGGUUGAAUCUUAUGGUAUAAUGAAUAUGUCUUGUUAAUUUGGUACUACUCCACAUAUUAUGUAAAAUAUUGUGGACAUGAAGUCAAAAUAAAGAGAGAAUAGUAAAAAGUUUUAGUGGUACUAUAUAUAAUGUGGAGAGAAAAGAAUCAAAAGUGAGUUUGACAUAUAUAUCCUUGUGUAAUAUUUGUAGUAACUAGUACUAAAUAAAUAAAAUGGUAUUUUUAUUUCUUA